GACUUUGACACUAAUAACACGUGUAGUAAACAUUGUAAACAGAAAUAAAAGCUGGAAAUUUUGGGCUAUCAUAUUUUUCUUCAUUAGGUAAACUAGGACCACUUCAAAAUGGCGAAAACAGUGAGAAGAGCAAAGAAGAAAGAAGGCUUUCAAAAGGGCGGGCAUUCCAUGAACCCAGAUCGACCAGCAGACAAAGUAAAGCUAAAUGGCGCACCCCACGCAAGAGACAGAAGCACAAUCAAACGGCUUAGAAUGUACCGAAGCGGCAAGGCCAGGUACAACAGGAAAGGUCGCAUGGUCCAGGCAGCAGCUUUCCAGAACACAGUGGCCCCAGGAACACAAGCCCGUGUGGAGCCCAACCAGAAGUGGUUCGGGAACACAAAGGUCAUUGGCCAGCAGUCCCUACAGAAGUUCCAGGAAGAGAUGGGGAAGGUCAUGAGGGAUCCUUACCAGGUGAUUAUGCGUAAGACAACCCUGCCCAUAUCUCUGCUCAACGAGAAGGCCAAGAAUGCACGCGUUCACAUCUUGGACACUGAGCCUUAUGAGUCAGUGUUUGGAAAUAAGAAGACAAGGAAAAAGCCUAGUUUUAAGAUAGAGAACUUUGCAGACUUUGCCAAAAAAGCUGAUGAUAUGCUGGAAAAUUAUGAUGAAGAAAAGGAUGGUGAUCUUGUGCGAGAGGAGCCAGACAGUCAAGACCUGCCACCAGAAUGGUUCAUGAAGGCUGGCCAGAGUAAGCGUAUUUGGAAUGAGCUGUACAAGGUGAUUGACUCUUCAGAUGUAGUGAUACAGGUCCUGGAUGCCCGAGACCCCAUGGGAACAAGGUCCAAACUGAUUGAGAAGUACAUGAGAACAGAGAAACCUCAUAAACACUUAGUGUUUGUGUUGAAUAAGGUUGACUUGGUACCAGUAUGGGUAACCCAGAAGUGGGUAGCCAUCCUCAGCCAGGAGUACCCAUCCCUAGCCUUCCACUCCUCCAUCACAAAUCCUUACGGCAAGGGCGCCCUCAUCAACCUCCUGCGACAGUUUGGAAAGCUGCACGAGGACAAGAAGCAGAUCAGCGUAGGCAUGAUUGGUUAUCCCAACGUAGGGAAAAGCUCAAUCAUUAAUUCACUGAAGGCUAGGAAGGUUUGCAAUGUUGCUCCCAUUGCUGGAGAAACAAAAGUGUGGCAGUAUAUUUCACUGAUGCGCAAAAUAUACCUCGUUGACUGUCCUGGUGUGGUUCCUCCUUCCCACGAGACUCCAACUGACAUGGUGUUGAAAGGAACUGUCAGAACUGAAUACCUGAAGGAUCCAUUUGAUUACAUUCCUCCUAUAUUAGAACGAGUAAAGAGGGAAUACAUCUCUAAGACUUAUGAUAUUCAUGAAUGGGCCACUCCAGAAGAGCUCGUUGAGAAGGUGGCAAGACGAUGCGGGAAACUCUUAAAGGGGGGCGAGCCUGACAUAAACACAGUGUCCAAAAUGAUGCUGAAUGACUGGCAGCGCGGCAAAAUUCCAUACUUUGUACCCCCUCCUGGCCACGAUUCAUCCACAUUCACCAAGCUCAAAGAAGAAGAAAAUAUCGAAAUGGCCAAGAUGGUCAAACAGAGACAGGAAGAGGAGGAGGCAGCAGAGAAGGCUGCAGAGUUAGCAAAUGCUCCUGUUGUUCUUCAGGACUUCAGCAAAAUUAAGCUUACUCUUGAAUACUCAGGUGAUGAUGUGAAAGACAUAGAAGAUAAUAACAUGGAGAUCCCAGAUUAUGAUAAGGAUAUUGAGGAAGAAGAAGGAGAGGAGGGAGAAGGAGAGGAAGGAGAUGUUAUCAAAGUUGAGAUUGCUUCAGAUACAGUUGAAACCAUUGAAGAUAAGGGAAAUCAAAAGGCCAGUGAUGCACCUGCUGAAGAUGUUGAAGUGAAGAGUGAAAGUGAAAGCCUUCCAGAUGGAGAAGAAAAGAGCAUGGACUCCAAUGAAGAGGAAGAGGAAGAAAUGGAGGGUGUGGACCAGCUCUCUAGUGAUGAUGAAGAGAAAGUCAGCACUCCUGCUGGCUCCUUCACAGUAACAAGCAACAGGAAACUGAGGAGGAAGAAGAAGCAUGUGGAUGAUGAAGGCCGAGUCCUUCACAUUUCCCAGAUGACCUCAAAACAGAGGAGAAGACUGGACAGAGAAAAUAAGAGGAAGAAGGUUGGCAGUAAUUUCUAUGAAGUAACUAAUGUGAAGAACAAGAACAGGGACAAGGCAAUUCCACUUGCCAUGAAUGUGCGACGUAAGAAACCCAAGAAAAUAAUAAGGAAGUAAUUGGAGAAUUAUAAAUAAAAAUCAUUUAUUUUA